AUGGAGAUUUCGAGUGGAGGUUGUUCUCCCAGAAACAGGUCUGAUAAUCCGAAGAAAGAGGGAUCCGAGGGAACCCCUGUUCAGAAGUUGGAACUCUCAAAUCGCGAUCGCAACUAUGAAAUGCAAUCAAUGAAUGCUUUGGAUAUUCUGAGAGAGACUGUUAGGAUUCUUAGGUUCAAUUCAUGGGGUUUCGUUGCAAUCGCUGUUAUGCUUAUUUGUCCUGUUUCUGCUGUGCUUUUGUCUAAUGUAAUAGUGGAUAUGUCUGUUGUGAAGAAUCUAUCUAUUAGGCUUAUGUUGGUUGCCCAAGCUAGUGGUCUUCCUCUGAGACCAAUUAUCAAACAGUCAUGCCAGCGAUUUGCGGAAACCGUGGUUUCUUCAGCCAUGUGCUUUCCUUUGUAUGCUACAUUGUUGUUAUUGUCCAAAGCUGGGGUUGUCUAUUCUGUAGAUUGUACUUAUUCCAGAAAGAAGUUUGAUGCUUCCAAGUUUUGUGUAAUUGUUGCUAAGUUUUGGAGGAAGAUCCUGUUCACAUAUAUGUGGGGAUGUACAGUUGUAGUUGGUUGUAUCACCUUGUUCUGUGUUUUCCUUGUUGCGUUUUGCAGUUCAUUGUCUGUUCUUGGGUUUUCCCCGGAUAUUGUUGUGUACUGUGCAAUGCUGGUUGGGCUGGUUUUCUCGGUUGUCUUUGCCAAUGCCAUAAUCAUCUGCAACAUUGCGAUAGUGAUCUCUGUGUUGGAGGACGUUUCGGGAGCGCAGGCAAUGCUGCGGUCUAGCAUUUUGAUCAAGGGUCAGACUCAGGUGGGUCUACUGAUUUUUCUUGGAUCGACGAUAGGGAUGGCCUUUGUGGAGGGCUUGUUUGAGCACAGAGUAAAGACACUGAGCUAUGGAGAUGGAUCUUCAAGAGUGUGGGAAGGGCCACUCUUGGUGGUAAUGUAUUCAUUUGUAGUGCUUAUAGAUUCCAUGAUGAGCGCAGUUUUCUAUUUCAGUUGCAGAUCUUCUACCGUGGAGAUCUCAGAUAAGGAAGGCAACUCAAUUUUAGAAACUAUGGCCAUAUCUGCUGCGUCAAUGGGAAUUCAAUGA